UGCCUAACUUCCCACGGACUUCAUUUCUUUGGAUCGAUUGGGCGCCCUUAAGCUAUGCCUCGAUCACCUUCGCCUUCCCCACUUCCCCCCUGGUGCAACCAACCAACCAACCAGAACGAGAACGCGUCCUUAAUCCUUCCCAGGAAUCAAAGAUCGAGCAGCAGAAGUGAUCUCAACAACAGCAUUCACUCCGUCGAACUAAAAGGAUCACAAGGAUUAACAUGGACGACGACGACAGCACAUCCAGUUUCAUUGACAAUGCCCCAAACGAAAUCGAGGAACAAUUUCAGGACCUCGUGGAGAGCAGUAGCAAGCAACAGUCCGCCGGCACUUCCAAACCAGUUUCAGAAGCAAAAAAAGCACCAGAAGGGCCUCCAAUCGAGUCAGCGGUCGUCAGUGUGGAGAACGAGGACCCCAGCCAGGACUGGGAGUGGGUGGAGGAGACAGAGUAUAUCGUGCUUGAUUUUGGUUCCACAAAUUACAACGCAAAGGACAUGGAGAACAUGACCAAGGGAGGAUACAGUCUCGUUGGUCUGGAGACACCAACACCAUACUUCAAAGCAGGAAUCCAUGCAUUCAAGGGGUUCUACGACGAGAACGCCAUCACGGAGGACCUUCUCUUUAAAAUGAAAGGCCAUGAAGAGCAUGAGGAAGGAAUGGACGAGAGCGAUGACGAAAAUUCAGGGGCGAUGGAUCUGAUGACGAUCGCCACCAAGCGGAUCAUGUUUGAAUCUGUUGACAUAGUACCGAUCACCCCAGAAGAGGAUAAGGCCAAAGAAGCGCAAGACAAGGGGAAGGGACCAGCUAAUGCAGAGAAUCAGGGGGAUGAGGCACCCGUAUUGGAACCAAGGAAAGAGGUCAAGAUGACCAUUUGGAGGGCUGCAUAUGAUGCAGUAGGCCUGGACCGGAGGAAGAAAAAAAAGCAGCCCCCAGCAGCGUCUUAUCGAGGAAAGAGGGGCCGGAUAUUGGAGAACCAGGGCGAAUCAUCUUCAACACCUAUGGAUAUUGAUACCCUGCCAACAGCCGAGACCCCUGGCGGUGAUUACGAACAGGACGACGGGAUGCAGUGAGUUCUACUGCAGAAUGCACAAUAAAGGCGAUCACAGCAAAA